GGUAUUUAUGUAAAUGUUUAUCGAUAAUCCUUUGUUGGUUAUUAUCAUCUCAGGCCUUAGUUGAUGCUCCUGACAUGGUACGAGGACAAAUGAACUUCAAGAGGCUGUCUCUGACUGAUAUCAAGAUUGACAUCCCCCGAAUUCCCAAGAAGAGCAAACUGAUCGAGGCCAUGGAAGCGGCUGAUGUGAAGAAUAGAUGGGAGAAGAGCUCUUGGGGGAGGAAGCUGAUUGUGCAAAAGAGGAGAGCUGAACUGAAUGAUUUCGAUAGAUUUAAGGUCAUGUUGGCUAAAAUUAAGAGAGGAGAUUCCAUCCGACGUGAGCUUUCAAAGCUAAAGAAGAGUGCUUCAAAGUGAGGCUUUUGAAGAAUUAAUGGCUGAUUCUGUUCCCAUUAUUGCAGGAUUAAGCUGAGUGUGUACCAACCGUUGUUAGAACAAGUGUAGUUUUGGUCGGUGUUAUGAA